AUGCUGAUUACAUGCUGGUAUUUAUACCUUGCAGCUCGGAGCUUCGCCGAUCAAAGCAAGUACUGCUGCUCACUGAGGAUGGCGUCCAUCUUGCAUAAGCUGAUCACCCCACUGUUUAGUGGCCCACCCGAGCCCCCCAGGAAUAAGGUGACAGUUGUGGGUGUGGGCCAGGUUGGCAUGGCCUGUGCUGUCAGCAUCCUGCUCAGGGAGCUGGCUGAUGAGCUGGCUCUGGUGGACGUGGUAGAGGACAAACUAAAAGGAGAAAUGAUGGACCUGCAGCAUGGCAGCCUCUUCCUCAAAACACCUAAAAUAGUGGCAUCUAAAGGCAACGAGAGCAGUCACAAACAGGAAGUGAAAGGGAGACCUGGCAUGGCAGAGCAUGUCCCAGUAACUGACUACUCGGUUACGGCCAACUCCCGCAUCGUUGUGGUGACGGCUGGGGUCCGUCAGCAGGAAGGCGAAAGCCGGCUGAACCUUGUCCAGAGAAAUGUCAACAUCUUUAAGCACAUCAUCCCUCAAAUAGUCAGAUACAGCCCUGACUGCAUCAUCAUCGUUGUUUCCAACCCAGUUGACGUUUUGACCUACGUGACCUGGAAACUGAGCGGCCUUCCAAAGCACCGCGUCAUCGGCAGCGGCACCAACCUAGACUCGGCACGCUUUCGCUUCCUGAUGGCCGACAAACUGGGGAUCCACUCAAGCAGCUUCAACGGAUGGAUCCUGGGAGAGCAUGGAGACACCAGUGUGCCUGUGUGGAGCGGGACUAAUGUGGCUGGAGUCAACCUGCAGACCUUAAACCCACAGAUCGGCACGGAUUCUGACGAAGAGAACUGGAAAGAAACCCACAAAAUGGUUGUGGACAGUGCCUACGAGGUCAUCAAGCUGAAGGGUUACACCAACUGGGCCAUCGGCCUGAGCGUGGCUGACCUGACGGAGAGCCUCAUGAGGAACAUGAACAGGAUUCAUCCCGUCUCCACCAUGGUGAAGGGCAUGUAUGGGAUCUGUGACGAGGUGUACCUGAGCCUGCCUUGUGUGUUAAAUGGCGGAGGGGUGUCCAGUGUGGUCAACAUGACCCUGACGGACGAUGAGGUGGCCCAGCUCCAGGCCAGCGCCAGCACGCUGUGGGACAUCCAGAGGGACCUGCAGGACGUAUAACCGAACACUAGGGGGACACAUAGCUGCAUCUUUAUGACCGCUGGUCAUUUACCGUGUCAUCCUCCUGCCCUCACAAUUCACCACAAAGCUUCAUAUUCUGCACCUUCCACCCACAGUCCUCUGUAGAUUAUGUGUUGGGUGUUUAAUCUGUCAGAUCUAGCUGUAGGUGUCAGCUCGUACGCUCAGAAUCAUCGAAAGGGAGACCAAAGGUGGCAUAGACUGACUAAGAUGCUCUGAGUCCAUGGUCUUCAGCUGUGUUGCAGUGUGUCACUUAUGAUGCUUUGGUAAGAAAUAAAGCAAGCUUAUUGGUG